AUGGCCUCGACUGCCUCGCUCUUCUCGCACGCCGAGCUCACCUUUGCACAAGUACCGCUCUCACACUCGGCAGCGACCGCACACCCCUCGGACGAUGCUCCAUUCCGACCAGACGGCCGCACUCCCCUCCAAUUCCGCGACAUCAUCCUCCAGACGGGCGUCUCGCAAGCUCAGGGUGCGCUCGGAAGUGCCAAGGUAGUUGCGGAGGACGCGGCGGGCGCAGGAGGCGGGUCGAGCACGGAGGUUUGGGCUGGCGUGAGGGGCGAGGUUGAGAAUAUGGAUGAGGAGCAGGAGGGCGGCAAGGUUGUCGUCAGCCUCGAGUGCGCACCUACAGCACUCCCGUCACUCAAGCCCGACUUGCCGAUCCACCUCGCAUCGAUCCUGACCUCGCUCUUCUCCGCCUCUACCCUCCCGCCCUCACUCCUCUCGCAACUCGUCAUCCUGCCUAAAUCCCGCUCCUGGACUCUCUACCUCGACAUCCUCAUCCUCUCCUCCUCCGGCGGAAACGUCAUCGAUCUUGCGAUUUUGGCGGCGCGAAGUGCACUGGCGACUGCGCGGAUACCGCAGACUCGGGCGAUCGGGUUCGAGGAGGGAGACGGGACUGCGACGGCGGCGCUGGGCGAGGGAGCGGGCAUGACGUCGGAUGAGGGAUUCUCGGGGUUGGUGAAGGGCGGCAAGGGCGGGAGUAAGGCGGUGGACUUUGAGCUCGUCGACGGUGGUUCGCAAGGCGUGCGCUUGCGAGGGUGGGAGGAGCUGCCGAUCGGCUUGACGCUGAACCUGAUCAACCAACUACCGCACCUCGACGCGACUGUCCUCGAAGAAUCCGCCUCCUCAUCCCAGCUCGUCGCAUGCUUCCUCCCGUCCGGCACGAUCUGCGGCGUCACGCAACUAGGCGAGGGUGAAAUCGAGUUUGCGCGGUUGAUGCCGCUUAUUACGGAGGCGGGCAAGUAUGCGCAGGAGCUGCUGAGGAGCGUCAACGCAAAGUUGAAAGACGCGUAG